AUGGAUGCUACGAUAAUCUCAUUAGCAGGUGAAAAGGAUCAACAAGGACUUUACGAAGUCCUCCAGAAGUUGACAAGAGAUGAGAUAGAAAAAAUGUUGGAUAACCGCAUUAUUGAAGAAAAGGAUGAUCCUGUAGUCCUUGUGAGAGCUUUGUUGUUUGGCUACUACUUCAAAGAGGAAGAGAGAGCUGAGAAAUGGUUGCAUGUUUAUCAGCAUUGUGUAAAAUGUAUACAAAAACAACAAAAUCAAUCAGACAUUAAACUUAAGUUGAUUGACUUUCUAAUGUGGCAGGUAGAAAAGUUACCAAAUCAGUGUUUGGUUUCUCUGGCUAAAUACUUUGUGGAGACUAUCAAAACUGGACAAAUACAAAAUGACAAAAUUCUAGAAUUAUUUCCAAAGUUGUUGUCUGUAAUUUCAUCUCAGGAGAAAGUCCAGGUGGAUGAUAUCAGUUGGCUGAAAGGAUCAGACUACAAAAGUCAGAUUCUUAACAGCAUUUGUUCUUGCAGGUGGGAAACUUGCAUCAUUAUCAGACUUGUGGACAUGUUUCGUGAUGUUCCCAUGUCAAGUGAAGAACUGGAGUUUGUCAUUGAUAAAACAAUUCGUCUUCUUCCAGAACUUGACUUAUGUGAUCUUCCCGCUUUGACUCUCAAUCUCUUACUGCUGUCAGUCAAGGGUCACAAAUUGAAAGUUCUGGAAGGCAUCAUGGAUUUCUUCAUUGAAAGAGAUUCAACUGUUCGAAAACAAACAAGGGAAUCGGAAAGCAUGGAUGUAGCUGUUGAAUCAGUUGAUAAAGCCACUCUUCGUAGCACAGAAGGCACUGUAAUCUUGCAUAUUAUUUAUGCUGUCAAGCAUGAUAAUGAUUUGGUUAAAGAGUUCAUCAGAUUCCUCAAGGUGCAAAUAAAAUCUCCAAGCAACAAAGUUUGCACCCCAUUCGUCCUUGCAAUGGCACUCUGUGUGGGUCAAGUCUUCAGAUUCAAAGACCAAAUUUUUACUUUACUACGAAAUAUCAUCCUGAAGACUUUCCAAGAUGCUGAGAGACAAUCUCAGAAUGCUAUGCUACAAUUUCCAGAUGCUUCUGUACCUGAAGAUCUGAUUCUAGAAACAGUAGAGAACAGUGCUUAUGGCUGGGAUAACGUCAUUCAAGGUUUGGUGCGUCUUGGUUUCGUUUUAAUGGAUUCAUUUGGCCCCAAAGGUUCCUUUGGUCGAGUUGAAGGGAUAACUUUAAUACAGCCUGUUACUCAUCAAAGAGCUUGUCAUCUGGGAUCACAAAUACUUGCCAAAGCUUUUAAGGCCCAUCAUGAUGUUGUCAGAGAAAAUAUUUUGAAUGAGAUUUUCACACGUAUUGGCACAUCAGAGUCUCAACCUAUUAACCAUUUCCUGGACCUGUUGUCCCAAGUGGUUAAAUCUGGACCUCAGCUGCUUUUAAAUUCGGUGAAGAAAUUGGCUGAAAUGUUUGACCAUCUUCCUUCUCUGCCGCCAUCUACUGCUACCAGCUUGUUGGAAAUUCUCCAACCGAUCCUCAAAUUCAGCAUUACCUUACGUGAUGCUUUGAUGUUGCUUCUUCGAAAGUCCAUGUUUUCCAAACAUCUCAAUUUCCGCAAAGUUAGUGCCAAGGGUUAUCUCAUGAUUCUGAAACACUUUAAAAUUAUUGGCAGUCUUCCAUCCAGUCAGUCCAGUCAGACAUUUUCACUUAGUCAGCUUCAAGUUGAUGUACAGUCUCGGGUGAAUUACAAUCCUGUAAGUAACAGCACUCUGUGUUUGGAAGUUAUUCGUAAUCUACGGCGCUGUCUCUCUCAGCAGGCAGAUGUUCGUUUCAUCUUAUAUUCUGGACUUUAUAGUGUCCUUAAUAAGAACAGCAAACUUCAGGAACCUAUUCUUGAUCUGCUUUUAAAUCAGUUCAAGAAGUACUAUGAAGCAGCCGAGGAUGUCAACCCUCCAAUUCAGUUACAGAAGUGUCUUAUAAACCAAGGUUCACAGGUUUACCUUGGGGAACCUCUGGCGCAUCUUCUCUGCUGCAUUGUGCAGUGCUCACUCCGAGGCCGCAGCAUUCACAAUGAACAAGAUGAGAGUGAUGAGGAAAAUGAGGAAGUGGAUACUAGCAGUUUGAAUGAAUUGGAAAAGAUACUUGCCUCCAUCACUCAGAGAAUGAUCAAAAGUGAACUUGAAGAUUUCGAAUUGGAUAAAUCUGCUGAUUUCUCUACGAAAAACAGUGUUGGUGUGAAAAACACUAUAAUUUCUCUUUUAUUGUUGGGAAUUUAUGAAAGUUUGAUGGAAUAUACAUUUUUCAGUGGGAAUUUUAGUGAAACAAGUUGUGAACAAAUCCAACAGCUUUUUAACAAUCAUCAGAAACUGGUGACAAUUUUAAAGAGCAAAAUCAAAACUCCAAGUACAAAAGCAGGGACUAGUUUGCUUUCUCUUCACUUCACAACAGAAAUACUUCAUGCUCUGUUCAUAGACACAAGCCAUGAGAGUCUGGAAGCCUUGAAGCAGAAUACAGAUUUCAUAUGCUGCAUUCUUGGUGUGUCUUUACAAAAAGUAACUUUUCUCCGUGAUCGGGGUACAUGUGAUGGUGCUGACCUUUCCGAGAAAGACAAACUUAUAGCAUAUUCCUGCAAACUUGGACGGUUUUGUCUGAAAUACUACCAACGGAUUGGUCCCAACAGUGACAAGAAAGAAAAAAAAGCUGUGUCGACGUUGUGUUUGGAAAUAUUGAAUGUGGUAAUCCAACUAAUAUAUGCCAAUAGCAUGUCUGUUACCGUUCCAUUGACCGAAAAACAAGAAAAGUGGUUAAUUAUGCUCUUACAAGACACAGAAGUGAGUACAUCCCAAUUUACCGGUCUACAACAAGUGACAGAGAAACAUGUCAAGAUUUUUCAGAGGAUAGCCACGGAUAUUUUGUCUAGCACAAAUGAUAACAGGAACAUGACAGAAUUGGGUUUGCUCUUGGAGAUAAUAACUGUUUAUUGCAAUCACCUUCCACCUGGACAAGUUUAUAACUCAGUUCUUCAAUGGGUACAGAAUGUGUGUGAAGAUGAAAAAAUAGAGCAUAUUGCUGUCUGUAAACUGCUUCUUAGUCUUUUGUUAAAGAUGACUCGUAAAAUUGGCAGCACAAUGAACCUAGUAAAGGAGAUGUGUCGUGAUAUACACAGUCAAUUGGAGGAUAUUGACAAGGAAUUGGAAGUGGAAGACAGUAGCCAUUAUGGCUUAAUAUCUUCAACCACAUCCUGUGCAGUAUUGACAAUUCUUUUGUCACAUAUUUCUUCAGAACUUGAUGAAGCCUCUUGGGUCAUUGAACAUAUCAAGGGAGAAUUACAGAGUCCAAAGGAUGUUGAUAUAAGUGCCAGUCUCCAUUUACCCACCCAGCAGACAACAGUUCUCCAGUCAUUAUCCACAGUGUUUGCUUCUUUAGUAGCUGGCUUCCAUGAACUUGCACAGACAGCUUUGCCAAAUUGGUCAAUUGUGGAACUUCUUCUGAAACAACUCACCAACUUCUACAACACUGUUUCAGGAUUCAUUAAAUAUUUUCUUCAAAUGUACCUAUUAAAAGCAGGUCACCUGGAUCAGAGAGUUGAAAAAUUGGUGAAGCUUAUUGCAUUGAGUCUUACACCUCAAGUAUAUAUGUUUCUGACAUAUAUACAGCAUGAAAUAAAGGAACCAGUAAAAGCUCCCAAAAAAGACAAGAAAACUGUUCCAAAUCCUUCUCGAACCAAAACGGCUUCCAUAAAAAAACAGGUUAAAGUUAUUCCAAAGCUUAUCUUUGCAAUUGAAACUUUUGAGAAAUAUUUAAUGCAGCUUUCGCAAAAAUCAAAGAUCAAUCUAAUGGAACAUGUGAAACCGAGUGUAGCAAGGGACUUCCGUAUUAAUGGUGCUGUGGUACGAGCUGCUCUUGAGGAGCAAGGUGCCUCUGCCUCCAGUGACAGUGAAGAAGAAGAAGAGGAGGAAAAUAAUGAUCCACAAAAUGAGAAGGAAAAUGAAGAUGAGCAAGUAGAGGGAGAUGAAGAAGAGGAUGCUGCAUCUGAAGAUGAAGAAUUACCAGCUGCCAAAAAGACCAAGUAUGAAGAAAAGGCAAAAAAAUUGUGUGAGAAGUUGGUAUCUUCGUCGUACAUCCAACAAGGAAUUCAGGCGAGAAAAGCACAUGAAACCAAACUACGACUUCUUUUACAACACCGGAAACUUCCAGAAGAGGGCUGGGAUGACCUGACCAUUGAGUUAGUAUUGCAAGAAUUAUCUGUGAUGGACAGCAACAACUUUCCUGGGAAUUGUGGUGUUGGUGAACGAGAAGCCAGAAUUGCUUCCCAACUGGUUGCUAAAAGACAUUACAGACUUGGCCAUGGAAUUGGUCGAUCAGGUGACAUUACAGCUAUUCAACCCAAAGCCGCUGGAUCAAGUAUUCUCAUGAAAGUAACCAACAGCUUAGCCCUUGAUGCUCUCAAAAUUUGUGGUGUGACCUCAGCCAAAAGUUGCUUUGUUGUUCCUAUGGCAACAGGAAUGUCCCUUGUACUAUGUAUGUUGACUAUGAAGCAACAACGUCCAAAGGCCAAAUAUGUACUCUGGCCACGCAUUGACCAGAAGUCUUGUUUCAAAUCUAUGGUUACUGCAGGUUUUGAACCAGUCAUCAUUGAGAAUGUUCUUGAAGGAGAUGAAUUAAGAACGGAUAUAGAUGCCAUCACUGCUAAAAUCCAGGAGCUAGGAUCUGAGAAUAUUCUUUGCGUCCUCUCGACGACCAGCUGUUUUGCCCCUCGGGGUCCAGACAAAUUAGAAGAAAUUGCAAAGUUGUGCAAAACUUCAAACAUUCCUCAUUUGGUUAAUAAUGCAUAUGGACUUCAGUCUUCAAAGUGCACCCACUUGUUGCAACAGGCUGUGCGCGUUGGCAGAGUGGAUGCAUUCGUUCAAAGUACAGAUAAGAAUUUCAUGGUUCCUGUUGGAGGGGCUAUCAUUGCUGGGUUUGAUAAAAAUUUUAUAGAAGAAGUUAGCAAAAUGUACCCGGGUAGAGCAUCUUCGACUCCCACCAUUGACUUAUUCAUCACUCUUUUGUCCCUGGGGUCUCAUGGCUACAAGCAGUUACUUCAAGAGAGGAAGGAAAUGUACACUUACCUGAAGAACGCUCUGGUGCAAUGUGCAGAGAAACAUGGGCAGCGGGUACUGCAAAUCAACAGCAAUACUAUUUCCAUGGCUAUGUCUCUUAAUUAUGAUGGCACUGAAAGUACAGCCACUGAGAUUGGGUCCAUGCUAUUCAAGCGCUUUGUGUCUGGAACAAGGGUUGUAGCUAAGGAAAGUGGUUCAAAAACAAUUUGUGGAUACAAAUUUCAAAACUUUGGUGCACAUUCUGACUCCUACCCAUGCGGUUAUCUCACUGCUGCAGCCGGUAUUGGUAUGAUUAAAGAUGAUGUGGACACAUUCAUUAACCGACUGGACAAAGUUCUCACAAAAUUUCAAAACGGUCGUCCUUCCCCUGAAGGAGCAUCAGAAAAGAAUUUAAAACCGCCCUCAGAAGAAACUCUUAUUUGA